GUCACAGGAAAUGAUGUUGCAGGGAUGGGCUUAAGCAUCACAGAUGGGUGAACACAGACGAUACAGUUCAUAGUGCAUCAGUUCAUCAUUAAUCCCAGCGAAGCCUCUAGUAAAUAGAUGACUGAGGAGUUAAAUUUCUUUUCAGAAUAACAUCACACCUCUCAUGUUCCAGGAGAGAUGGACAGAAGGCGUACAUGACUUGAAGCUGAUCCAAAAUGAAACGCUCAACAAAUCCACCAUCUCCAAUUGAAACAUGGACCAUGGAAGAUGUCCACAGGUGGCUGAUGACAGAGGUCAAAGUUCAGGAGACUUGUGCCGACAGAUUCUCUGAAGAGGAAGUGUCAGGAGACUCUUUAGUUGACUUUGAAAAGACAGACAUAUUGGACUUGGGAAUUAAACACGGCCCUGCUGUCAAAAUCACAUCUUACUUAGAAAGUCUGAAAGAAGGAUCACCACGUGAAUCACAGUUCCCAGCAUAUGUGGAAAACUGGACAAAGGAGCAGGUGAACCAGUGGUUAGUGCAGCAUGUGAACAUAUAUAGUAAAUAUGCAGAAAGGCUUCAAGAGGAAGAUGUGUCUGGAGAUUGCCUUGUUUGCUUCAAGAAGCAGGAUCUUCUGGAUCUAAAUCUAAAAAGUGGUCCUGCAGUAAAGAUUCUGGCAGAACUUCGUAAGGUGAACAAGAAACCACAGCCCACACUGCAACCCAUUGUUCACACCAACAAGGACCACAAAGAGGCUCCAAAAGCCAUUCAACCUGAACGGAGUCUGGCUCAGGCCAUAGCAACCAUACAACCAGAAUCAUACAACAAAACUGAAUCAAAAAUAGACAAACCAGUGGAAAAUGAGGCUCAGCAGCCAUUCAGGAAAGCUUCAGAGAAGCAGCCAAAGCCAGAGAACCUGGGGGCCAGGAGAAAAGAAACCAGUCCAACCACAGUCUUACCAGAUACACCAAAGAUCACUGUGGAGAUCCAGAAAACCCUAGAAAACCUUUCAAAAGAUGACCUAAAAAAGUUUCUAUUUAAUUUAAAAGGAUAUACAAAAUCCGAGUAUAAACCUAUUCCUCGGAGUAGAGUGGAGGGCAGGGACACUAUGGACACUGCUCAGUUAAUGACUGACCACUAUGGAAGCAAGGACGCUCUGCGAGUCACAACAGACAUUCUGAUGGAAAUACAGCAGAAUGAGCUUGCUGGUCAACUGAAAAAGAACAUGGGUCAACAGGAGCAGGAGCAGCGGAGUCUUUCAAAAGGAGUUUUGAAAAAAGAAGCUAACCAGGGUGACAAACUAAAGAAUUUGUUAACUUGUGGUGGGAAUUCACUGGAUAACUAUGACCGAUUCGUUGUUGUUAUGAACAAGAGCAGUCCAGAACAAGUGCAGUAUCUCCAGUUUUUGAAUAAGCUGAAACUGUUUUGUGUGUUAGACUUUGACCCCAACUCUAGUGCUCCAGGGGGAGUGUGUCAUUCCUACAGAGAGUCAAGGGUGGCCAAUUUACAUAACCCAUCACAAUAUCAAGGACAGACUGACUCUGUGAUAAAAAACCUUAACCUCUACAAACAGACCAGUUGGGUCUUCUGCAAUGGCAGACAUGACCUUGAUGGUGACUCAAACAAGGAGUUAGACUAUAGGAACUGGCUGAGGAAAUCUUGCAGAGAUGUAGAGCAGUUGGUUUCAUUCAUUUGCAACCCGAACGUUCUUCUCCAUGGAAGAAGUCUCAUCAUAUUCCUCCUACUUUCACCUGUGGACACUGAGAAAGACCCAGUCUUUGACACCUUCAAGUCUUUCAUAAAACACACUAAAGAGGAAAGCAUCAUCACUAUUUGUGAAUCUCAGAGCACAUAUUUCAAAUGGAGGGAGAUGAUACAAGAAAAGUGUGAUUUUGACAUUGACCACCUAUCCAUAUAUGAACUAACCCUAAGUGAGAUCAAUGGUACUAUAACGGCACUGGGACCAUUCAGUCAGUCGUCUGGACGGUUGCUUCCCUCUUCUGGAUCCAGCGCUGUUGUCCUGAAACAGAAGGAUGAAGAUUUAAUGACUGCCCUGGAUAUCUUGUGUCUUAAUCAGUGUGAAAACAUUUAUGAUGAAAACAGUCCAGAGUUUGAUGACUUCAGAAUCAAAGUUGAGGAAGAAUUCUACAGAGGGGGAAAAGUCAAAUGGUGGAACUUCUACUUCUGUGACAAAGACAAAGAGAAGCCAUUUGUGAAGCGGGACAAGUAUGAAAAUGUGAAGAAGAUGAUCAGAUUUCAGUUGAGAGAUUUCAAAAACAUGUGUACUCUGCUCAAUCUGUUUCACCAGCCGGGCUGUGGUGGUACAACCUUAGCAAUGCAUGUGAUGUGGGAUCUCCGUCAAGAGUUCAGAUGUGCUGUGCUGAAAGACAACACACUGCCAAAGAUGGAAGUUGCCAUUCAAGUCGGAAGGCUCAUGAAACUUGAAAGUGAGAAACCAUCUCCUGUUUUACUGUUAGUUGAUGAUUCAAAAGAAACAGAGAAUCAUUACGAUCUUGUGAACUGCAUACAUAAAGCUGCGGUAGAGGAUAACCCAAACAUAAAUGUGGAUGACGCCUCAAACUGCAAAGUCAUCAUCCUUAACUGUGUUCGUUUCCAUAGCCCAAAGGAGCAAUACAAAAAGCUCAAUCCAACACAAAGUCAAUACAUAGAAGCUUCAUUGACACCAGAAGAACAGAAUGAGUUUGAAAAGAAACUCAAAGAACUCAAAGAAACUCAUGAAAAACCUGAAAACUUUUACAGCUUCAUGAUCAUGAAGAGUAAUUUUGAUAAAAAAUACAUCAAAAAUAUUGCUCACAACACACUGGAGAACUUUGAUUUCAGCUCAAAGAAGGCCAAACUGUUUGCCUUUCUAGCCUUACUUAACACCCAUGUAGCAGAAUCUGAGAUCUCUCUCUCACUCUGUGAAGACUUUUUAGGAAUGAAAAUGAUUCACUGGCAAGAAGACAGUGUGUUGGACAGAAUGAAGCCAUAUUCAAACUUUCUCAUCAUAGACACAGUUGAAGAACUGGGAGGAUACAAAGGAAUCCGAAUCCUUCAUCAAUCCAUAGCAUCUGCAUGUGUGGAAGAGUUGGAGGAGAGGUACAACUUGAAAGUAAGUGAUAUCACUAUGGAGAUUCUUCACUGUGAUCUGUUCUUCAGAGUUGGAGUUGUCAAAGACAGAUUCAUGCUCUCAAUUCAACGUAUGUUGAUUGAAAGGCAGCGCAAGAAAGAUGGAGAUGGGAGAGAACUCUUCUCUCCUCUCAUAGACGAAAUCCACAACCAGCAAGGGAGACAAACUGUCCAAGAAAUCUUUGUGAAAGCAUCAACCAGGUUUGUGACAAGUGCAUCUAUUCCUCAGGCACUGGCAAGAUACCUGUACAUCAAAGAGAGUGACUUCCCAGAGGCUCUAAAAUGGGCUGAACAAGCCAAGAACAUUAAAGAAAAUCCAUACACAUAUGACACAAUUGGGCAGAUUCACAAAAGCAAUUUAAAAUGUAACAUCCCCAAAGAAAAGCAGGAGACAUCUCGCAAUCCAGAAGAAUUGAAGACAAACAUUAAAAUAGCAGAUAAUGCUAUCGCAGUAUUUAAAAAGGCUCAAGAGCUGGCAAAAACAGAGGAUGAACUUGAGAAGGAAGCUGCUGAUGAUGAGUCGGAUGAUUAUCCUAGAAAGUCAUACAAUGUUUACGGCUAUGUGAAUGUGCUCGAAAUUGUUUUCCUGGUCUUGGAGAUGUUGAGCAGAUUGCCGUUCUUUAAAGAAAGUGAUCCAAUGAAGAAGAGGUACUUGCAGAGUUUUCUGCAAAAAGCAAUCCCGAUCACAAGUGUGUAUAAAGAAGACAAUGAGAUCAACAACAGAUACGUGGAGAUCCUCAGAGAACAUGAACAUUUUCUUCUCAGUUUGAAAACUGAAGCAAUCCUAAUCUCAAUUUGAAAAUUGAUAUUGAAGAACGAAGACUGUUCCUUGAAGAGAAACAAGCAGAUACGUUCACAGGGAUUCUUCAGCAUUUGGACAAACCUGCUGAAGACAUUGAGAAGAUCACAGAGUGCUAUGCAUUCUUGCAACAACAACAACAAUUUAUCAACAAAAAACAAAAGACAAAGGAAACAGUAAAUUACAUUUUGUCAAACAUAGUUCUUUAUCUUCUGAAACCCAAAUCUAAACAUGUGAAGAGUAACAGUGACCUUUCUGCUCUACUUCUGACAACUCUGCAAGAUAUUGGACUUAGCUAUCACUUCCCAGAUCCAUACUAUCUGGCUCUGCUGUUAUUCUGGCCAAGUCCUACUCAGAAAAACACAGAAAUUGGGGCAUAUGUGAGAGCAAUCCGAAACUCCUCUCACAAGCGCCUGACUUUAUUGUUCAGAAACAGGAGCACCGUUGCCCACCUCUACUUGGGGAAAGCAGAAGGACUCAAGAGGCUUGUUUCCAAACCACAACUUGAUGAGAAUUUUAAAAAGAUGCACCGCAACACCUUGGCACAACUUUGGCGGAAUGGAGACAUAUUUAAAGACAAAGCAAUUAUCAACCGCCUACAUCGAGUCAGUGGAACCAUUGAGCAAGGAGAGGUGUUUGCCAAUUAUGGAAAAAUGAAAAUCCCUGUGCGUCCAGCUCUCAUUGCCGGUAUAAGAAGUGGUUACAGUACAGAAAAGGUGUCUUUCUACCUUGGUUUUGCCAUUAAUGGACCUCUUGCUUAUGAUAUCCAGUAUGAAAACUAGGAGAGUAAAUUAAACAAGUGUAAUACAGCACUGACAUGUGAACUGUACGGAGUGAAAACUAGGUGCGGCAGCCACUGACUCACUGUGGAAUUUUAAACACCUCAUAAAAACACACAAGUGAAUGAUAAAGGAAAUUAAGUCAAAUUGCAGGCAUCAAUCUAGCUGUAUGUGUAUUUUAAUAUAUUUGUAUUUUAAUAGAAUUUCAUAAUUUAGAAACAUUUGUUAUUUACUUUCUGAGAGGUUUUUGCUUUUGUCUCUACAGAGUGACAAGGUGUGGUGGCCAGUAACCAUACUAGCCAUAAAAACCCAUGAGCAAAUGAUAAAACAGAUUGCAAUAAUAAAUGGUAAAUCAUGUAGUACUAGCUGUAUGUGUAUGUUUUUAUAUAUUUUUUAAUGUCUUUAAUCUUUUAGAAACAUUUGUUAUCUACUUUCUGAGACGUUUUUGUUUUUGUUUUCUGUUGCAGAUGUGGCACAUUCACCAAGUGUGCAAGUGCAAAUAUAAUACAGUUAAGAGUGCAACACAGGCACAUGAGACAUGACAUAAUGAUAACUCAGACAGACUUCAGGGUAAACUACCGAUCCUGUAGCUCUAGCUGUGUAUGUUUUUAUUUUGUGUAAUUUCAUCUUUUACAAACAUUUGUUUGACACUUUUGUUGUUUUAUUUUUGUUGCUGUUUGUUCACCAGAUUGAGACUGACCAAACUGCCUCAUAGGUAUGCUUCACUUUUUUGUUGGGAUUAUUAAAUUAUUGUAACCUUGGCUUUGUAGACAUUUGAAGUAUGAUCUAAUUGGAUCUAUGAUGAAUGCUUUGCUCUGAUGAUCUGUAGUGGUAGUUUGAUUUUCUUUACCUGGUAGUAAUUAAGGCCCUGAUAUACUAUACAAAAAUAUAAUGUGGAUGGAGUUCUGCACAUACAACUGUGAAUGCAACAGAACCUCUCUUCAUAACAAGUGUCCCAGCCCAAUUUACAUCCAAUGUAGAAAAAAGGGCUUAAAACUUUUUUGUU